UUCAAAAAUUUUUUAAAACAAGAAAAAUGGAUAACAAUCAGAAAUCAAGCCCCCCAAAUACCCAAAUAUUUCCCCCUUCUAUUCCAUCAUUAACUUCCCUCAUUUCUUCAUUUCCCUCAACUCCACGUUCUCCAUCAACUAAUAAUUCUAAUAUUCAAACACCAACCUCUAGCACAAAUUAUUAUUUUACUUCAUUAGUUUCUCCAAUACAUCAGCGCUUUAUUGGUAUUUUUUUAAAAAUCUUUUUAGACAAUUGA